AUGGCGCCCAGCAGUGAAUUGAACGUUGCCAACCGCGCGGUGCUUAAUGUUCCUCUCGACGCCUCGUGCCCCCAGCAGCUUCGCCAUGCCAAUAUUGAACAGGACCGCCAGAGUGUGGCCUUGUGGCGGCAGGCGCGGCUAAACGAAAUUGUGGCCGAAGAGGAGAAGCAAGCCUUGAUAUCACGGGAGGACCACCGGUUGAUGGUAAGACACCUCCUUUCCGUUGCUUGCAGUCGUGAUCCGCAACAACGGGUGAAUGCGACAAAGUGGCGGUCCCUGAUGCGUGCAGCGGACGAUGAAUUUGACACCACCGAGGCGUCGUUUCCAGGUGCAACAGACCCGUAUCGACAGGUGGUGGCCAAUCUUUCGUCUAUGAUGCUGUGGAGCAGUGAGCUGCGUAACUGGUCGUAUGGUUACUCUACCAAUUCGGUGGAAAAGUGCCAUGAGCGUCAGCGAGAGGUUCUUCGGCAACUGAGUGAGUCAAGAAAGCUAUUUCUGAACUAA